UAUUCACAUGACAGCUUUUUCUAGCUCCAGGCGAGUCGUUCUGCCCGGUGAGGUGAAAGUACCACUAAGUAUCUUUUUGUCGCGUCGGAAACCAGCAUGUUAAAGUUACUUUAAGCUGUCGGAAUCGGACACAGAGCUAAUGCUAACUAUGUCUCCGUUAACGCACUGAAACCGAACGGAGAGGAAAGCUAGCAAACAUUAGCAGCUUCAACACCGCUGACGACAGCACAUUCUUAGCUUUUACUUCCUCACACAAAUAGGAAAUAUCCCCCAGAAUGAGUCCAGAGGGGAAGAAGCUGCUGAAUAUCAUCAUCCUGGGCUUCGGCUUCAUGUUCAUGUUCACCGCCUUCCAAACAUGUGGAAACAUCGAGCAAACAGUUCUGGAGAACUUUCACAGUGCGGAGUUCAAUGGGACGGGAUACACGAGCCUUGCCAUCAUCUACAGUGUCUUCUCUGCCUCCAACCAUGCUCCUUCAGUGGUGGCUGUGAUUGGACCUCAGCUGUCCAUGUUCUUCAGCGGACUCCUCUACAGUGGCUACAUUGCCAUGUUCAUCUACCCGUACACCUGGACCUUCUACACGGCCUCGGUGCUGGUGGGAAUCGGAGCAGCAGUUUUGUGGACGGCUCAGGGAAACGUUCUUGCCAUCAACUCCAGCGACAGCACCAUCGGUAGAAACAGUGGAAUAUUCUGGGCUCUGCUGCAGUUUAGUUUAUUCUUUGGGAAUCUGUACGUCUACUGUGCCUGGCAUGGACACGUCCACAUCACAGACAAAGACAGACAGACGGUGUUCAUCUCACUCACCGUCAUCAGCCUGGUCGGAUGUUUCCUGUUCUUUCUGAUCCGAAAACCCGACGCUGAGUCCGCUUCUUCUGAGGCCACAGAGGCAUUACUGCAGGGGGAGUCAGACAGCAACUCCGUGGUCAGUUCUCCUCAACCUGGACUCUGUUCACAAGCUCUGGACGCUUUCAUAAAAGCCUGUAAACUGUUCGUCACCAAGGAGAUGCUGCUGCUGAGCAUCUGCAUCGCAUACACAGGUCUGGAACUGACCUUCUACAGCGGUGUCUACGGAACCUGCAUCGGCGCCAUGACGCAGUUCGGACAGGAUGCCAAGAGUCUGAUCGGCAUCUCGGGGAUCUGCAUCGGAGUUGGAGAGAUCCUGGGUGAGGGCGUCUUUGGGAUGUUGAACAAGUGCAACCGUUUCGGCCGUAACCCGGUGGUUCUGUUCGGACUCGUCAUCCACUUCGUCGCCUUCUACCUGAUUUUCCUCAACAUCGCCAGCGACGCCCCCAAACAGGAAACAGACGCUCGGGCCUUCAUGCAACCCAACCUGGGCGUGGCCUUGUUGUGUAGUUUCCUGUUGGGUUUGGGCGACAGCUGCUUCAACACUCAGCUCCUCAGCAUCAUCGGCUUCAUGUUCAAAGAUGACAGCGCCCCCGCCUUCGCCGUCUUCAAGUUCAUCCAGUCCAUCAUGGCUGCCGUGGCAUUCUCCUACAGUAACUUCCUGCUCCUCCACUGGCAGCUGCUCAUCCUGGUUCUGGGCGGGUUCCUCGGGACCAUGACCUUCUUCGUGGCCGAGUGGGCGGCCGAGUCCCGGCGGCGGUCGGAUUACGACAGCAUUUGAUUGGGUGCGGACGAGGAGGAGGCAGUCUGCAGGUUAAAGGACAAACUGAUGCUCAUGCACGUGGCAUUGACCUGAUUCCACUACUGUGAUGGAUACGUGCACGUUAAAAGCCAAAAAAACACACACACACCCACACACGCACACACACACACACUUGAACCAUUAAUUACAUGACCUGGGUUCAAACAGCUGCAGUGAAUCCAUCCACUAACAGUGACAUCUGCUGGUCAACCUGGAGAUUACAACUGGAUUUAUGAUCAGAAAUGGGCUGAUAU